UUUGCUUUCAGUCGUUCACACUGGUGGUUCAUUUCGCGUUCAUUUUAAAAGAAAAGAAAGACACAAGAGAUAGGCAAAAUUCUCAAUGGCUGUCAACCAUUAAUACUGAAAUACUGAAAUAAAAUAUUUAAUUUCAUGUUUUUAUCGAUAUUUCAUUGUUAGUGCGUCAACUAUUUUUUAUUUCAAUUGUGUUUCAAACGAGUGUCAUGCGAACGUAGUUUGUUCCCGGAGUCAAUUUGCUUUGUUUAAAUAAAACCAAAUGAUCGUGGCCUUGUAAAAAAACAAGUAAAUGAAAGACACAGUUACUUUUUCGCUUUACAAUUUUGAUUUUCGUUUAUUACGGGACAUAAAAGGAUUCUAGCUACAGAAAAUAAUUCAAAUUUCCACCCAUUAUCGAUAACAUGGCCAGGCAAGUAACUUACAACUCAACAGCAGCACCGAGGGGAUUAGACGAGUUAUCCGUUUCAAUGCAGAUUUGGUUCGGCUUGAACAAUGGUAUUAACCAGAUAUUUGGACGCGAACGUUCCCUUACUUGUGGUCAGUACAUGGAUCUCUAUACAUUGGUUUAUAACUACUGCACUAGCGUUCAUCCAUCCACAAAUCGAAGUGCCGUUGCAAAAGGUAUCAAACGACAUGGGACGGGCGGAGCUCAGUUGGUCGGACAGGACCUCUACAAAAAGAUAAAGGAAUUUUUGGAGGGUUAUCUGAUUGAUUUGCAUAAGAGCGGAAUUGACCUAAUUGACGAGGAAGUCUUGACAUUCUACACAAAGAAGUGGGAGGAAUUUCAAUUUUCGAGUAAAGUAUUGGAUGGUGUUUGCGCGUACAUCAAUCGUCAAUGGGUGAAACGGGAAUGUGAAGAAGGACACAAAGAUGUCUAUCAAGUUUACCAGUUGGCAUUGGUGUCGUGGCGAGGCAAUUUGUUCGAGCAUUUACAUAAACAGGUCACUAACGCCGUCUUGAAAUUGAUCGAACGCGAACGCAAUGGCGAGACAAUCAACACGCUACUCGUGUCUGGUGUAAUAAGCUGCUACGUCGAACUGGGCCUCAACGAAGAAAAUCCGAAUACUCGUUUGCAGAAUCUGACUGUUUACUCAGAUAGUUUCGAAAAUGUGUUCAUUGAGGACACGGAACGCUUUUAUUUGCAUGAAAGCAUCGAAUUUUUGCGCAUCAACCCAGUCACCGAAUAUAUGAAACGUGUUGAGCAGCGACUACAGGAGGAACAGAAACGUGUCCGAACAUAUUUGCAUGAGAGUACGGCCUCACGUUUGUCAAAGACAUGCGAAAGAGUUUUAAUUGAGAAACAUUUGGAAAAUUUCCGUUCAGAGUUUCAGAAUUUACUGAACUCGGAUAAAUACACCGAUCUUGGACGCAUGUACGAUCUGGUGUCUCGCAUUCCAGAAGGUCUAACAGAACUGAAGAAAGUCCUUGAAGACCAUAUCUACCAACAGGGAAUGGGCGCUCUGGAGAGCUGCUACGAAACCGCAGUAAAUGAUCCGAAGCUGUACAUCAAUACGAUUUUGGACGUACACAAAAAGUAUCACGGUCUGGUAUCGACUGCAUUUAAAAACGACAACGGUUUUGUGUCUGCCUUGGACAAGGCCUGUGGCAAAUUCAUAAACACAAACGCCGUAACCAUUGCCAGUAGAAAUCCGCUGAAAAGUCCUGAACUGUUGGCUAAGUUCUGUGAUAUUCUGUUGAAAAAGUCCAGCAAAAAUCCUGAGGAAAAUGAAUUAGAAGAAAUUCUCAACGAUUGCAUGAUUGUGUUUAAGUACAUCGAAGACAAGGAUGUCGUUCGGACGUUCUACAGCAAAAUGUUGGCGAAGCGUUUGGUUCAUCACACGUCCGCUAGUGAUGACGCUGAGUCCUCAAUGAUCUCGAAAUUAAAACAGGCCUGUGGCUACGAAUAUACCGUCAAGUUGCAAAGAAUGUUUCAGGACAUCGGAACAUCGAAAACAUUGAAUACUCGCUACCGAGAACACUUGAACAGUUUGAACGUAGUGCCCGACAUGGACUUUAACAUUCAAGUACUGUCUAGCGGAUCCUGGCCAUUCAAUCAAAGCUAUAGCUUUUCACUGCCAUCAGAGCUUGAACGGUCAUACCAACGAUUUAACGACUACUACACAAGCGUUCAUUCGGGUCGCAAAUUGAACUGGCUUUAUCAAAUGUGCAAAGGAGAUUUGGUGACCAAUUGCUUCAAGAAUAAAUAUACCUUCCAGGCGAGUACAUUUCAAAUGGCUGUUCUACUGCAAUUCAACGAACAGCUAAGCUUCUCAGUUCAACAAAUCCAAGCAAACACCGGCAUAAACCAAGACCAACUGAUUCAAAUCAUCCAAAUUUUGCUGAAAGCAAAAAUUAUCACAAGCUCCGAUGACGAAUCGAACAUCAGUAAUUCGUCGGUGGUUGAAUUGUUUGAAGGAUACAAAAAUAAGAAGCUACGGAUUAACAUCAACAUACCGCUGAAGACAGAACAGAAAGUUGAACAGGAGAAUGCUAUCAAAACGAUUGAAGAAGACCGGAAAAUGGAAAUUCAAGCAGCUAUCGUUAGAAUUAUGAAAACAAGAAAAGUUUAUCAACACAACAUGUUGGUGGGCGAGGUGCUGGCCAUACUGGCGACCCGAUUUAAGCCGAAAAUCCCGUUGAUCAAGAAAUGCAUCGAUACACUCAUCGAGAAAGAGUAUUUGGAGAGAGUCGAAAAUCAAAAGGAUACAUACAGCUACUUAGCGUGAUUGAUUCAUUUAGACUUAACAUUCAUUUAAAUAAAUUUUGUUUUUGUAAGAAAUUAUUAAAAGAGGAGACUUCCACAGUUGUUAUUGACAUUGAUUUGUAUUUUUUUUUUCGGAAUAUUACAGAAAUACAUUUAUGAAUUGAUUCUAGUGUAAAAGAGAUUAGUCGAUCAAUAUUUGCGGUUGGUUUAAAGAAAAGAAAAAUAAAGAACAGAAAUUUUCCAUGUAAAAUGUCGUCAGACAAUAUUCCUUAAAUAUAUGAAACAUUUAUUGAUUACAUUGGGCAUAUCUAUAAUAUUAUACUUUGAUAGUUCCACCAAGCAAGUUUAAGUGUCAAAAAAAACUGUCAAUUGUUCUUUGUA